GUGUCUGCAUAGGCUAUCGUUGUGUUCAUAACAUCGGACCAGAGUGUUGUACAUUGAUAGUAUUCUUUUCUGUUAUCUUUUAACAUUCACCAGUUUCCUACAAUUGAAGAAGAGCCAUCAUGGAGAAAGUGAUUUUAGUGACCGGUGCGAACAGUGGCAUUGGCCUAGCCCUGUGUGAGCGGCUGCUCUAUGAGGACAGUCGGCUGCAGCUGUGUCUGGCCUGCAGGAACAUGCAGAGGGCUGAGGCAGCCCGCUCCGCUCUGCUGACCUCUCACCCCGACGCCCACAUAGACCUGCUGCACCUGGAUGUAGGCUCUGUCCGCUCGGUUCUCCACGCCGCCCACAAGGUCAAGGCUAGGUACAACAGACUUGACUACCUAUACCUUAAUGCCGGGAUCAUGCCAAAUCCGCAGAUUGACAUCAAAGCCUUUUUCAAGGGCCUAUUUUCUAGCAACGUCGUCAAAAUGUUUGCCACAGCAGAGGGCCUCCUGACCCAGCAGGACCAUGUCAACAAAGAUGGCCUACAGGAAGUGUUCGCCACAAACCUUUUUGGUCACUUUGUGCUGGUCAGGGAGCUAGACUCUAUCCUUUGCCAGGCUGGUCAGACCUCCCGGGUAGUGUGGACUUCGUCCAGCAAUGCCAGACGCUCGGCCUUCAGUCUAGACGAUGUCCAGCACAGACUGGGGACCGAGUCCUACGCGUCCUCCAAGUAUGCCUCCGACCUCAUCAGCCUUGCCCUCAACAGACACAAAAACAGCCAGGGGCUGUACUCAUCAGUGAUUUGUCCAGGGCUGGUGAUGACCAAUCUUACCUAUGGCAUCCUCCCCUCCUUCUUCUGGACCCUCAUCAUGCCUAUAAUGUAUCUUAUAAGAAUCUUCACCAACACGUUCACACUGACGCCGUACAAUGGAGCCGGAGCAUUGCACUCGCUGUUUCUGAAAAAACCAGAGUCCCUGGAUCCGAGGGCAAAGUAUCACAGUUUGACGUCAGGCAUGGGGAGCAACUACACGCAGCCUCGACAAAUGGACAUCGAUGACGACAUGUCAGAGGCCCUGUAUGUGAAACUGCUGGAAAUGGAAAAAGCUGCUCGUAAGAGAUUGAAAGAAGAGGAUGACAAUGAACAAGCCUACAAAAAGUACCUCAACCAGACAGAGUAGUAUUUUGUACGGCUAUUCUCCUUGACUGACUAGUUAAGGCCUAAUCACUCAACUUUUAUUCUAUAGCAUAUAAUCUACAGUGCCUUCGGAAAGUACUCUGACCGCUUGACUUUUUACACAUUUUGUUACGGUACAGCCUUAUUCUAAAAUGGAUUAAAUACAUUUUUAAAAUCCUCAGCAAUCUACACAUAAUACAACAUAAUGACAAAGUGAAAACAGAUUUUUUAAAUUGUUUGCAAAUGUAUUAAAACAUAAAAACAAAUACCAAAUACUUAUUUACAAAAGUAUUCAGACCCUUUGCUAUGUGACUCAAAAUUGAGAGCAGGUGAAUCCUGUUUCCAUUGAUCAUCCUUGAGAUUUCUUCAACUUGAUUGGAGUCUGCCUGUGGUAAAUUCAAUUGAUUGGACAUGAUUUGGAAAGGCACACACCUGUCUAUAUAAGGUCCCACAGUUGACAGUGCAUGUCAGAGCAAAAACCAAGCCAUGAGGUUAAAGGAAUUGUCUGUAGAGCUCCGAGACAGGAUUGUGUCAAGGCACAGAUCUGAGGAAGGGUACCAAAACAUUUCUGCAGCAUUGAAGGUCCCCAAGAACACAGUGGCCUCCAUCAUUCUUAAAUAGAAAAAGUUUGAAACCACCAAGACUCUUCCUAGAGCUGGCAGCCUGGCCAAACUGAGCAAUAGGGGGAGAAUGGCCUUGGUCAGGGAGGUGACCAAGAACCUGAUGGUCACUCUGACAGAGCUCCAGAGUUCCUCUGUGGAGAUGGGAGAACCUUCCAGAAGGACAACCAUCUCUGUAGCACUCCACCAAUCAGGCCUUGAUGGUAGAGUGCCCAGACGGAAGCCACUCCUCAGUAAAAGGCACAUGACAGCCCGCUUUGAGUUUGCCAAAUGGUACCUAAACUCAGAACAUGAGAAACAUGAUUCUCUGGUCUGAUGAAACUAGGUUUGAACUCUUUGGCCUGAAUGCCAAGAGUUACGUCUGGAGGAAACCUGGCACCAUCCCUACGGUGAAGCGUGGUAGCAGCAUCAUGCUGUGGCAAUGUUUUUCAGCGGCAGGGAAUGGGAGACUAGUCAGGAUCGAGGAAAAGAUGAACGGAGCAAAGUACAGAGAGAUGGAUCCUUGAUGAAAACCUGAUCCAGAGCGCUCAGGACCUCAGACUAGGCGCAGGGGUGUCAAACUCAAAUACCCAGUGGGCCAAAAUGUAAAACCUGAACAAAGUCGCAGGCCAACAUUGAACAAAUUAACAUUUUAAUAUGGACCCAAACAAGUUUUGCUUUAACAUUGAAUAUGGAACAAGCAUCGCUUAUUACCAUACAAUAUAUAAUUUAAUAGUGGAGACAUGCAAAAUCGAAUUUCAAAUGAAAAAAAAACACAUUGAUGGCAUUCAUUUAUUAAAUAAAUAAAAUGUAAAUAAAAAUCGUAUGCCUCUUUUCUAUUUGCAGCCUUCUGAUUUAAAUACCAAAAUAAACUUUUUCCACUGGCUAAUAAUUUUACAAAUAAAAUGAUAAUAAAUCAAUCAACCAUUCAAGCCCAUGCCUUGUAGCAAGAAAAAGUGCACAAAGAAAACGUUAAUUAUUGCACACUAAUCUAAUCUGAUGUGCCCAAGCCAGAUACCUGGCAUCUCUUCUUGGAUGCUAGUUCAUCAAUGUCUGGGCUCAGGCUCUGAGCUAAAGAAAUCCUCAGUAUCGAGCGAAGGUGUUCAUCAGUCAGACGUCUCCUGUGAGUUGUUUUGGUCAUCUUCAUCGAAGAGAAAAGUUGCUCGCAUAGAUAAGUGCUGCCGAACAUGGAGAGCAUCUGAGCAGCUUGGGUGCGGAGCUGAGGCAUUGUGUCAGGGAUGAACCGUGGAAACUGUGCGGCGCCCACAGCAUCAUACUUUGACUUCAGCGUGUCGUUGCACUGGAGUUCAAUCAGCUCCAUUUGGAUGUUGGUUGGUGCAUUUUCCACAUCAACUGCGAAGGGAUUACUAAGCAGUUCAAACCUACAUUUCUGGACAUCGAAGUCGGCAAAUCGCCGGCUAAACUCAGCGGCGAGAACACUUGAGUUUUUCAGCAAACUGUGCGCAUGGGAACACGGCGGUAGAGAUCUGCGCUUUUAUGGUUUGGCAGCAGGGAAAAUGGCAAGGGUUUCCUUGCAGCAUCUGAUUCUCCAACAGGCACAGUUUAGUUUUAAAGGCCCUCACUGCAGCGUACAUGUCUGUGAUGAUGCGCCCCCGCCCCUGAAGAAGCAGGUUCAGCGCAUCGAGAUGGCUCGAGAUGUCACAGAGAAAGGCCAGCUCACACAGAAACUUUUGCUCCCGGAGCUCUGCUGUAUCCUUCCCUUUGGUUUCCAGGAAUUGACAUAUUUCCUCACGCAGCUCAAAACAUCUGUUCAGUACUUUACCUCUGCUUAGCCAUCUCACCUCUGUGUGAUACGGCACGUCUGCGUAUUCCGAACCACACUCCUCUAGAAAAAAAUUAAACUGGCGGUGAUUCAGACCUUUGGCUCUUAUCAAGUUCACUGCCUGUGUUACUGUGGUCAUAACAUGUUCCAUCUUUAGGGCUUUGGCACACAGUGAUUCCUGAUGUAUGAUGCAGUGGUAAACAGUUAGCUCACCUGCACAGUUCUCUUCCCGCAUCUUCUCCCGAACCAUGCCCACUCUUUUUACCGCACAUCGCUGGCGCACCAUCUGUCGUUAAUCCAACGAGUUUAUCCCACGGCAGCUUUAUUUCAGUUACACAUUUGGAAACCUCCUCAAAUAUUUCCUUUCCUGUGGUUGUGCCAUGCAUUGAUUUGAAUCCCAAUAGCUCCUCCGUAACACACAGAUUUGAGUCCACUCCACGGAUGAAGACUGACAGCUGAGCAGUAUCAGAUGCGUCGCAGCUCUCAUCCACAGCGAGGGAGAACGCAACGAAAUCUUUUCCCUUUUCCAUCAGCUGGUCAUACAGAUUGGUGGCAAGAUCACAUGUGCGAUCAGCUACUGUGUUCCUGCUCAGGCUCACGUUUGAAAAUGCUUGCUUUUUCUCUGGGCAUAGAGGUCACAAACUUUCAUCAUGCACUUUUUCACAAACUCUCCCUCAUUAAAGGGCCGGGCUGAUUUUGCGAUCUCUGCUGCCACUAUAUAACUAGCCUUUAUAGCAGCCUCACUUUGUGAUGUGGCUUUUUUGAACAUAUUCUGUUGUGAAACCAAACUUCUUUUCAUCUCCUCUACUUUCUGGCUCCUUUGAGUCAUGUCCAGGUCCUUGUAGUUGUCACGGUGUUUCGUUUCAUAGUGUCGUCUAAUGUUGUACUCCUUACUUACAGCCACGUUGACUCCACAAACAAGACAAACAGGUUUGUCUUUUACAUAUGUAAACAGAUAUUCUGCCUCCCACUUGUCCAGAAAGCUCCUGUUUUCUGCCUUUCUUUUCGCCAUUUUUGGGAAGGGAUAGCGCGCUGACAGUUGUAGCGUCUAUGUUGCUAUGACUACUGUCACAGAGGAGAGGGCGUUUCUGGGUCCUGUCCUGAUUGGCGCGCGAAAACAACAGCAGAGCAUUGUGGGAUUCGUAGUAUUAGCGGUGAAUGCGCUGUAUAAUACCGGCGGGCCAGCUCUAGUAGUAAUUUGGUAUUGGCCCGCGGGCCAGAGUUUGACACCCAUGGACUAGGGCAACGGUUCACCUUCCAACAGGACAACGACCCUAAGCAAGUCUCUGAAUGUCCUUGAGGGGCCCAGCCAGAGCCCGGACUUGAACCCGAUCGAACAUCUCUGGAGAGACCUAAAAAUAUCCAUGCAGCAACGCUCCCCAUCCAACCUGACAGAGCUUGAGAGAAUCUGAAAAGAAGAAUGGGAGAAACACCCCAAAUACAGAUGUGCAAAGACAGUAGCGUCAUACCCAAGACGAUUCGAGGCUGUAAUUGCUGCCAAAGGUGCAUCAACAAUGUACUGAGUAAAGGGUCUGAAUACUUAUGUAAAUGUGAUAUUUUAAUUAGCAAAAAAAAUCUAAAAACCUGUUUUUGCUUUGUGAUUAUGGGGAAUUGUGUGUAGAUUGAUGAGGGGCAAAAACUAUUUAAUAAAUGUUAGAAUAAGGUUGUAACCGAACAAAAUUUGGAAAAAGUCAAGGGGUCUGAAUACUUUCCGAAAGCACUGUAUAUAAACAAAACUGUUUUAUUCAGUGUGUUUUACUCCGUGUGAAUGAAGAGAAAUGGUAUGCUCUGUAUAAGUUGACCAUAGCCCUGACGAACGAGUAGUGGUUUUAUGUCGCUCUAUCUGAGUGAAUCCUCUAUAGAAUCAGCUGUAUGCAUUGACUUUUUAUCAGCCAUCAUUUUCAAUAGCCUCCCUAGUUGAGUAGAGGUUUCCCAUUUUUCAAGCACUUCAUAAUUUGAUCUUGGUUAGAGUACGCUAGCUAGGCUACACGAGUGCUGUUCCUUUUGUGACUAUGACAGGAACAUGUACAGUAGGCACUCAAGUAGAUAAAAUAUGGUUUAAAGAAUAUAUUAAAACAGAGACUGCAACUUGAAUACUGAAAUACACUGAAACACUAAAAGCAAAUACUGAAACUGAUGCACCUGAAAUGGUUAAUGGACAUUUGUUAAUGUCUCAGAAAGGGACCAUGGGUACAUUCCUGCUGCUAACUCAAGGGGCUAAAGGUGGUAGACUGUCAAGAGCAUUUGUGAAUUAUCAAGCACAAAUAGCAAUAACUGACCAGAACUAGGCAAAGCAUUCCUUUGCGUUUGCUUGGUAAGAUGAAGAGUUGUGAGCUGUUGAACUUUUAUUGAAAUGAAAGUUUAAAAUGAAAGAUUUAUUUGCAUUAUUUAAUGUGUAGCUUGUUUGAAUGAAACUUUGAUCGACGCCACCACUCUUCAAGAUAAUGCUGACUUUGGCUCAAUUUCUGACGUGUUCUUAUCUGCAGUGCCUUUCGUAACCUUUUCCAAAUUGUGUUGUGUUACAGCCUGAAUUGAAAAAUGACUAAAUUGAGAUAUUGUGUCACACAAUACCCUAUAAUGUCAAAGUGGAAUUAUAUUUAUAGAAAUGUUUACAAAUUAAUAAAAAAAUGAAAAGCUGGAA